AUGCAUAUUGAAAAUAAUAAUUCUUCCAGUGUACAAAUAUCAAAUAAUGGUACUUCCAAAACACAGUCUCUUGUGUGUACUGAUUCUACUGCCAUGACAGUUCCUCAAAUACUUCUUGCCACAGCAAAAGUAAAAAUUUCUACACCUUCUGGUGAUCAUUUUCUGAGAGCUCUUGUUGAUCAGGGAUCUCAAUCUUCAUUCAUAACUGAAAGAUGUGUUCAACGUCUUAAACUUAAAAAAUAUCCGUUUAACUGCGUAGUCAGUGGAAUCGGAUCAUCAAUUUCAAACGUCUGUAAAAGUUUUGUAGAAUUUCUUUUGAAAUCUUGCACAAAUUCUAGUUUCGAAACGCUAGUAAAAGCACUAGUUAUGUCAUCCAUUAGUGACUACCUACAAAGGUAUCCAGUUUCGUCAACUUUACCAAAAGAAUUCGACAAUAUUACUCUAGCUGAUCCAUCUUUUUCUGAGCCUGGUAAUAUAGAUAUUCUCAUCGGUGCUGAUAUCUUCCACGAAAUAAUUCUGGAUGGUGUAAUAAGGCCUCAAAACGGACCUUUAGCCCAGCAUACUGAACUUGGUUGGAUAUUAUCUGGUCCUAUUAAUUCAAAAAAUAGUUUAUCUAUUGAAAACACAAGCUCAUUUCAUACACAAGUCAAUGCAAUUGAUAAUUCACUUCGAAAGUUCUGGGAACUAGAAGAAGUUUCUACUUCAAAAAUUUCUACUCCUGAAGAAACAGCUUGUGACAAUUACUUUCAAAAUACAUUUUCUCGUUCUGCUAAUGGAAGAUAUAUAGUAAAACUUCCUUUCAAAUCCAAAGUGCUCAAUGAAGACUACCCGAUCUUUAAAAAUUCCUUGCUUAAUGCGCAGAAAAGGUUCACUCAUCUCGAACAAAGAGUGUUUCCAAAAAAUCAAACUCUUAAAGAAGAGUAUUCAAAAUUCAUUAAUGAGUACAUAAGCCUCAGUCAUAUGAAAUUUAAAUGUAAUCUUCAAGAUCUUCCUCCAACUGAAAAUGGUUUCAUACUACCACAUCAUGGAAUAUGGAAGGAAAGUAGCUCUACAACAAAGUUAAGAGUUGUAUUUGAUGGAUCAUCAAAACCAGUCAACUCCACUUCUCUCAAUGAAGAGCUUCUUCCCGGUCCAUCGUUACAAAACGAUCUUUCAUCAGUCAUUCUGAAAUGGCGUAAAUUUCUCUUCGUUUUCACAUCGGACAUUGAGAAAAUGUUCCGACAAAUCAUUGUUCAUCCUGAAGAAACAAAGUUCCAGAGGAUCCUAUGGCGUCCCGAUACGUUCAGUUCACUUCAACUGUAUGAACUGCAAACAGUUACUUAUGGUACAACUUGUGCUCCAUAUCUUUCAAUCAAAGUUCUGCAACAGUUAGCAAAUGAUGAAGCAGACAAUUUUCCUAAAGGAGCUGAAGUUUUGAAAAACGACAUUUACGUUGACGAUAUAAUUUCUGGUGCUGACGACAUCAGUUCAGCAAAGACAAUUCAAAAGCAACUCAAGGAGCUUUUAAGUUCCGGAGGGUUUAAUCUAAGAAAGUGGACUUCAAAUUGUCCAGAACUCCUUUCUGAUUUACAACCAGAAGAUUGUGAGUUUUCAUUCAAUCUUGAUGAUUCAAACUCAUCAGUUAAAGCGUUGGGUUUAUUUUGGAAUCCAAAAUAUGACUAUUUCUUCUUCAAAAUAUCGCUCCCCAUGUGUAAUAUUUUCACAAAAAGAACAUUACUUUCCGAUGCAUCGAAGCUUUUCGAUCCACUUGGCUUACUGGCGCCAACAACAAUUCUGGCUAAAAUAUAUUUUCAGCAACUUUGGCUGGAAGGUAUUGGAUGGGAUGAUCCUCUUCCACAUAAAUUAAGUUCCGAAUGGAAACAGUAUAGAAAUAAUCUAUCAUUCUUACAAGCUAUAAAAAUACCUAGAUGGCUAGGCACUAUAAGUUCUUCAUCUAUAGAAAUUCAUGGCUUUUCCGAUGCUUCGAACAAUGCAUAUUCUGCCGUUCUAUAUUGUAGAACUCAUAGACCUAACGGACAGAUUUUUGUCAAUAUUAUUACUGCAAAAACUAAAGUUGCACCAAUUAAACAAAUUUCAUUGCCGCGACUAUAG